CAGUUUUAUCUUGCUUAAAGAUUCUUUAGAAGUAAACAGAGGUUACCUCUGAUCAACCUCUGUGUUGUUUCUGUAUCUAUAUAUCCAUCUAUCACUCACACUCACACAUUGUGUGUGUGUAUAUAUAUAUAUAUAGAUAGUAGGCGAUCUAAUCGUAAAAAAAAAAAAAAGGAAAAAUGGGUACGAUGCAAACAUGGAGGAAAGCAUAUGGUGCCCUGAAAGAUCAAACCAAAGUUGGUUUGGCACAUGUCAAUAGUGAUUUCAAGGAAGUUGAUGUUGCUAUUGUUAAAGCAACAAAUCAUGUUGAAUGUCCACCCAAAGAAAGACACAUUAGAAAAAUAUUGGCUGCUACUUCUGCAAUGCGGCCUCGGGCAGAUGUACAGUAUUGUUUACAUGCCCUAGCAAGGCGAUUAGCCAAAACUCGCAAUUGGACGGUGGCGUUGAAGUCAUUGGUAGUUAUUCAUAGGGCAUUGAGGGAGGGUGAUCCUACUUUCAGGGAAGAACUUCUGAAUUUCCAGCAGAGAGCGCGUAUUUUGCAGCUUGCUAAUUUUAAAGACGAUUCAAGCCCAGUUGCUUGGGAUUGUUCUGCUUGGGUUCGUACGUAUGGACUGUUUAUAGAGGAGCGGCUUGAAUGCUACAAGCAUUUGAAGUAUGAUAUUGAAGCUGAACGUAUUCCGAGGCGCACUCAAGGUGAAGAUACGGGCUAUAGCAGAACUCGCGAGUUGGACAGUGAACAACUACUGGAACAGUUACCUUCUUUACAGCAGUUAUUGUACCGCCUUAUGGGAUGCAAGCCUGAAGGAGCAGCUGUUGGUAAUUAUGUCAUACAAUAUGCUCUAGCUUUGGUGCUCAAAGAAAGCUUUAAAAUUUAUUGUGCAGUAAACGAUGGAAUCAUUAAUCUUGUUGAUAAGUUUUUUGAAAUGCCGAGACAUGAAGCAAUCAAAGCCUUGGAUAUCUAUAAACGAGCCAGCCAACAGGCUGGGAGCCUUUCUGACUUCUAUGAAGUUUGUAAAGGAUUAGAAUUAGCUAGAAACUUUCAGUUUCCCAUUCUUAGAGAGCCUCCGCAAUCCUUUCUUGUGACUAUGGAGGAGUACAUAAGAGAAGCACCACGAAUGGUAUCUGUCCCGGUAGAGACAUUGGAACUUCCGGAGAGACUUAUGUUGACGUAUAAACCAGAAGAAGGCAAUGAGGCUCCUGAAGAUGUAAAUUCACCUAUUGAUGAAGCCAACCCUGAGCCAGUGGACGAUUCUUCUCAGUCAAAUGAUGACCUUGACUCAACUCCUCUGCCUCCUCCGCCUCCACCACCAACAUUCAACAGCCAAGACCCUGAUGAUUUACUGGGGUUGAAUUUUGAUGCACCAAUGGCGUCAUCAAUUGAGGAAAGCAAUGCGUUGGCUCUUGCCAUAGUUCCAACCGAUGGUACAUCUAAUGGAUUUGCUGGUGCUCAAACAAAAGAUCUUGAUUUAACUGGAUGGGAACUUGCAUUAGUCUCCACCCCAAGCACUGAUAUCUCUUCAUAUCAAGAUAGGCAACUGGCUGGUGGAUUGGACUCGCUCACGCUCAACAGUUUGUAUGAUGAAGGAGCAUUCAGAGCGUCCCAGCAACCUGUGUACGGUUCUCCAGCUCCCAACCCUUUUGAAGCAGCUGAUCCAUUUGUUGCUGCUGCUCCUCAAACAGGAGCCAUGGUCCCACACCAGGAUAACCCUUUUGGUCCAUACCAAUCUGCACAGCCUCAACAUAACCUGAUGAUGGAUGCACCAAACCCUUUUGUUGAUUCCGGUUUUGGCCCAUUCCCGGUUAGCAAUGCUCAUCCUCAAGCCACUAAUCCAUUUGGGUCGACUUUGUUAUAAUGACUAUCAACAUACAUGAUUAAGAUUUGAUAAAAUUAAAAACAAAAUACUUCUAUAUUAUAUAGUGUAAAUCAGUAAUGGAAAGCUCUUGUUAGUGUUUAGGUGCAUAUGUAGGAGAGAGCUAUUUUGGUUCUGGAUUUUGUCUGUCAUGAGUAUGUUUGGGUCAUACGAUCCCAUGGUCUUCUUGUAACAUGCUUGCUUUUGUAUUACUGUUAUAUUUAUUCUUCUCUUUUGGAAA